CUCAUUUCUUUUUUAAACAUGCAAUCUUAAACUUUAGUCGUUUAUUUAUUUGCGAGUGUUUUAUGUAUCAGCUGCAGUCGAUCCGUUUGCUUUAAUCUAUUUUCCCUCGUUCGUGGUGCGUGGCUAAGAAUCUUGGCACUCUACGAAAUCCAUAUUUUAUUAUGUUUUAUACGGGAUAUUGAUUAUCAUCACCGACGUUUGUUUUUUUUCAAAUCUGCACGUUUGCUCUUCCGUACAGAUCUUGCUGCAGGCAGCGAUAUCUAGGACACAUGUUCCGCUAUGAAAUCGAAGAUUUCGCCGGUAGAUACGCAAUUCCAAUCAUUUUCCUAAUAACAGGAAAGCUUCAGAUCUCUAUCGAUGAGUCAAUACUGUCUCGAGCGACAUGAAUGAUUUGUUUACACAAAUUUUGAUCGUAUCCCUUCUUUAUGUUCGAGGAAAGAGGGGAUCGAACAAUUAUUUUCACUCAUUUUUUCCGCUGUUAGCAGAUGACAAGUUAAUAGUAACCGACUGAUCGAUCGAUCGAACAGUUCGACCUCUGGCAAAUAUGGUGGCUUCAUUGCUCUCUCGUAAAUGCGACCGAAAUGUUAAAUUCUGUAUAUGCGAUUCAAUUAUUGCUUUGGAUCACGGCUAUGUCUUUCAAUCUGUUAUCAAGGAUUUAUUGGUUGAAAGUGCACAAAUUAUCGGUUUAUUGGAAGAUCAGGGAAUUAAUGCUAGUGACUGAUUGGCGCGUGGAGGCUUAUAUUGAUUAUCACUAUGUGUCAUAUGACAGCGAAUCAGGGGAAUCGUGCCGGUCAGCUUAUUUUCUCUCCGUACUCUUCCGUUUCUAUGAAACGCGUGUUUCCGCAGGAAAGCGUCGAGGCAGCGGCGUAUUUCCAAUUGCGGAAGGUCCGUAUUGUAGCUAUUGCUGGCAUUAGAAGUGUCGAUCUUCCUCGUUUACUUUCGAUAAGUUUUGGCGAACAGACUUGCAGUUUGUGGAUUAAUACACAUAUUCUCAGCAGUGACGACCUUUCUAGUCAUCCUUACUUGAAAUGUGCCGCGAAUGUCUCUACUUCUCUUAUAUUAUACUCUUAUCGCCCGUGAAAGAAGCGAGAGAAGCAUAAAAUACAUGCAUGUAGCAUAAAU